GGUCAAAUUUGUUAAUAUAGGUCAGCAGUGUUAUUCCAUCAACCGUGAGGGAGUUGCUUUAAAAGAGCGCGAUGCUCAUCAAAGAAUUUCGUAUCAUUCUACCCCUGACUGUUGAUGAAUAUCAUGUUGGUCAGUUAUGGGCAGUUGCAGAAGCGUCGAAAAAUGAAACUGGCGGUGGUGAAGGCAUAGAAGUCUUAGUCAAUGAACCAUUUAACAGUGAAGUCAACCCACCGGAAUCACCUUUAGUUGCAAAUGGCAAAGAAUACUUCACUGGACAGUAUACGCAUAAACGCUUUUAUCUAGCCAGAAAAGUUCCUGGUUAUGUACGUCUUCUUGCGCCUAAAGGAUCACUAGAAGUUGAUGAAAAAGCAUGGAAUGCUUUCCCUUAUUGUCGUACAGUUUUACAGAAUCCUAAAUAUAUGCAAGAAAGUUUCACUUUAAUGAUUGAGUCUAUGCAUGUACAGGAUAAAGUUGAUAUAGAAAAUAUUCAUAAUCUCCCACCGAAACUUUUAGCUCAACGUGAAGUUAUCUAUAUUGAUAUAGCAAAUGAUGAACUGUACACUGCAUCCGAUUAUGAUCCAUCCUGUGAUCCUAGAAUAUAUCAAUCAGUCAAGACUGGUCGAGGUCCACUAGUUGGUCCUAAAUGGUGGGAAAAUACAGAUCUACCAAUCAUGUGUGCUUACAAAUUGGUAACAUGUGAAUUUAAAUGGUGGGGUAUACAAGGCCGAGUGGAAACUCUAAUACAGAAUCAAGAAAGACGAAUCUUUCUUAAUUUCAAUCGUCAAGUUUUCUGUUGGUUAGAUAAAUGGUAUGGACUUUCUAUGGAUGAUAUUCGAGAUGUUGAGGAGAAAACCAAGAAAGAAUUGGAUCAGCAACGACUUGUCGGUGGAAUACGUGGCACUGUAGCGCAUGACUAAUGUUGCGGAGAUUGUCUUUUUACCAAAAUACAAAUCAAUGUUCUCUCUCUCUGUCUCUUGUUUGCUGUCAACAGAAUUUGACCAAAUCACUCUGAUUUAUAAACUUGUACACAUGAAUGAAAUAUUAAAAAGAAAACAAUAGUUACAACAAAAAACAAACAAAACAGCACUAACAAUAAUAAAAUAAUUCUCCAUUAUGUUUAUUGCUUAUUCAUUGAAUGCUUCUCCUUGGACAUGAUAACAACAAUGCACCGGCUAAUAUAUAUUCUCAAAUGAAAACAAUACUACAAUAAUAAUAAAUAAUUAACAAAUACCAUACAAUUUAUCUUUGUUACUUACCUUACUCACUCACUCACUCUCUCCAUCUUAUCUGUGAAUAGACCAAAUUGGAAUGAACGAGAGUUCUUUACACUGUUUUGUUUCUCCUACACUACUAUGUGAAUGUUGUUCCUCUCUCUCUCUUUCAUCAUGGCGGGUGAUAUUUACUCUUACCACUACCACCACCACUACUUCAACUGGUACUCCUCCUACUUCUUGUCUCUUUACUCCCUUCCUUCCUACCUUUUGUUAAUUGUUGUGUGUGAUCAAGCAGAAUAAUUCACAGCAUAACACACUCUCUUUAUACCUACAUGCACACAUAUACAUAGUCACAAAAAAGAACAUGCCUACACACUUAUUAUCCUCUGUGUUGUCUGUCAUAAGUGUGAACUGCGCCAAAAAAAAUUUCCCGUUUUUAUUUUUGAAAAAUAUACUAUAAUAUCCUUGUUGUUGCUGUUGUCCGAUGAAAAUGUGCGAACAAAAUGUUUAGUUACUUAUCUUUCCUGUUUUUUUUUAAAAAAAGCUUCUUUUCAUGGUUUCACUGUGGUUUGUAAUCUUGAAAGCGUCCAAGUCUUCGUCAAUUCUUAUCCUGAUAUAUACAUGUAUACAUAAUACACAUUCCAAACUGUAACUGACUCUACUAAUUUGUUUUUGUUGUUCUAAUUGCUUUUUAACGGGUUUGACAUCUUCUCUUCUCUCCCGGUCCUUUUCAUCAGUUUAGUUUGUUCUUUUGUCCUGUGAAACUUGAUCACAUUCUUUUUUUCUAAAAAGUGAUUCACCCAAGUUUGUUAUCCUUAUUAAUAUUAUUAUUGUGUUUGUGUGACUGACUGUUCAUUGUGUCUCUUUGCUAUUUUUACUGAUCGAAAAUCAAUAAGUUAUCAUCAUCUAUAGCCGAUUGACUGAUUGAUUGAUUGACGGAUUGAUCUCUUCCUUUGUGUAUGUGUUUGUCUCGUGAAUAGCCUUCACCUUUUUUUGUCUAUCCAUUGUUUCUUUUGAAAACAAUUAACACAUGCCAAUACUGUCCCACCCACCCACUCUCCCUCCCUGCCUCUGUCUCCUUGACACGUUGUUACAUAACCGUUCAUGUCAUUAUACCGUUUGUCAUUGUCUCACUUGUUAUUGUGUUAUUGUCCUCUUUAGUCUGUGAAGUAGAGGCGAGGCGACCACGACGAUAUAAAGGAAGAAUGCAGACAGAUUUGAAACUAAUUAAAUCAGUUCUUACACACGGACACACACACACAAAUAUCAAUAUCAUAAACAGAAAGAUAUACAAAUGCAUAUAUAUAUAUAUAUAUUCAUACUAAUGUAUUACUAUUAUUUUUGUUCCUUCAAAUGUUUGUAAUGUCUUGUUUCUAGGCAAAUUUAUUUAUUUGUCUGUCUGUCUGUCCCUUUGUGUGUAUGUGCGUGUGUAUGUUUGCGUUUAGUUGCCUAAACAAUUUUAGUUGAAGAAUAAAGGUAAAAUAUUAAUCAUUUAUCCAUGAGGAA